GGUCCAAAGGAAGAGACCUGCAUAGCAAGAAGAGCUAUUGAGUACUCCAAAACCAGCGGUCUUUUAAUGUCGUGUCUUCCCAGAUUCUACCACUGCUUCUCUCUCCGCUCCUUUCCUUCUCCCUUACGCAUCUCGCCCACAAACUUCAUCGCUCCGCCGUACCUCCGCUCACGAAGCAGCCCACGGCAGCUCUCUCCUGCGCUGAUGACGUUCGUUGCUACAUCCAGGCUCCUCCACCUCAACUCCACCGCAGUCGCGUCCCUCGAAAAUAGCUCUGGAGGUCCCAAUGGGUCACCUGUCCCCUCUUCUUCAUCCCCUUCCGAUAAUUAUCAGGCGGAGAACGGAGACGAAGAUAUUUUAUUUGGAUACCACCUUCCUCCUAAGGAGAUAAGAGACAUUGUAGAUGCACCUCCCCUUCCCGUAUUGUCAUUUUCACCCCAUAGAGAUAAGAUACUUUUUCUGAAGCGCAGAUCGUUGCCACCCUUGUCAGAGCUUGCCAAACCUGAAGAAAAGCUUGCUGGAAUAAGGAUUGAUGGAAACUCUAAUGCAAGGAGUAGAAUGUCUUUCUACACUGGUAUAGGGAUACAUUCUUUAUUGAAUGAUGGCACACUUGGUCCAGAGAAGGAGGUGCAAGGCUUUCCUGAUGGCUCUAAGAUCAAUUUUGUUAGCUGGUCAAAAGAUGGAUGUCAUUUGGCUUUCAGCAUUCGUACAGAUGAGGAAGACAACAACUGCAGCAAGUUGAGAGUAUGGGUUGCAGAUGUUGAUUCGGGAAAGGCUAGGCCACUCUUUCAGUCAGAUGAUAUAUAUUUGAAUGCAAUAUUUGAGAACUUUGUUUGGGUUGAUGAUUCAACAUUAUUAGUUUGCACCAUUCCCAUUUCUCGUGGAUCACCACCGAAGAAGCCCUUGGUUCCUUCUAGCCCAAAAAUUCAAUCAAAUGAGAAGCAGAACAUUGUUCAAGUUAGAACUUUCCAAGAUCUGCUGAAAGAUGAGUAUGACAAAGAUUUAUUUGACUAUUAUGCCGUUACACAGCUGGUAUUGGCCUCUUUAGAUGGAACAAUGAAACCAAUUGGACCUCCUGCUGUUUAUACAUCAAUUUAUCCAUCACCUGAUGGGAAAUACCUAUUAGUGUAUUUUAUCCACCGUCCAUAUUCAUUCAUUGUGCACUGUGGAAGGUUUCCCACGAAAGUUGAUUUAUGGUCAGCCGAUGGGGAGUUUAUUAAAGAAAUAUGCGACUUACCUCUUGCUGAAGAUAUUCCGAUUGCUUUUAACAGUGUGCGUAAGGGAAAACGUUCUAUUAAUUGGAGGCCAGACAAGCCUUCAACACUUUACUGCUUAUUGGUGCUGUCUGCCUCUUAUUCCCCUCUUCUCUCCUACCAAUGGCUCCCAAUAUGCAUUAUUGUGCGUGUUGCUAGUGGUCCUGGAAUAUAUCCAGCUGUUACUUGGAAACAAGUAGGAAGCAAUUGAAGGUUUUAUAGGUAU